AUGGCUGCUAAAGCUUUAAUAGAUUUGAAGAAUCUUCAUGUAUCUGAGAGGAAUUUAGACUGUAAAGCAGGCUUAACUAAGCCUUGUGUUGGAAAAAUGAAUGGAAAAGCUGAAGAUAGACCACCACAACAAUCUGUAUCCUUGGAUCACAAUCAUCCAAAUGCCGUUGAGAUAGAGAAACCCGAGGCAGAGAGAGGAGUUGUUAUAGAAAUUGAGUAUAUUGAAUCCGAAGACUUGAACAACAUAACCGAUGUUGAUGCAGCUCUGAAGUCACUUCUUACUGGACUAGACUCCAAGGAUUGGGUUUCGGUCUGUGGUGCUCUUAAUAUUGUUCGCCGUCUUUCAGUAUACCACAAGGAAGAUAUGCUACAUAUGGUGGAGGAAGUGAUCCCGCUAGUCGUGAAGUCAUUGAAGAACCCAAGAAGUGCUGUAAGUAAAACAGCAUGUAUGACAUCUGCAGACAUCUUCAGCUCGUAUAACGACCAUAUAAUCGAUCAAUUGGAUCCCCUGCUUACUCAACUCCUUCUUAAAUCUUCUCAAGACAAGCGAUUUGUUUGCGAGGCAGCCGAAAAAGCAUUAGUAGCGAUGACCACACAUGUUUCUCCUAACUUGCUGUUGCCAAAGCUUCAACCUUGUCUGAAGAAUAGGAAUCCUCGGAUCCGUGCAAAAGCAUCCUUGUGCUUUUCCCGAAGUGUUUCCCGGCUGGGCAUUGAAGGUAUUAGAGAAUAUGGAAUCGAGAAACUGGUCCAAGUAGCCGCGACUCAGCUUAGUGACCAACUCCCAGAAUCCCGAGAGGCUGCACGGACAGUUUUACUGGAACUUCAGACAGUGUACAAGAUAUCUCAUCGUGUCGAACCCGAGGAGGAGGAACAUUCAGAUGUAGCCACUUGGCAAAUCUUCUGCCAAUCAAACCUCUCACCUCUUAGUGCUCAGGCCGUGCUCCGUGUCACCAUUGUUGCUGGUGUGGCUCGAGAGGCUCUUGUUACGCGUUCAUAA